ACACAAAUUGAUUUGUCAUUUUACAGUUAUAACCUUUCUAACAGAAUCUCAGUCACCCCAACACCCUCCUCCGUCCCAAACCUUCGGUGACAUCUGAAGUCGCCACCGCCUACCGCCCGCCGUACCACAUGCUUCGGAACCUCCGAACGCGGCGGCGUCCGCUUUACGGCGCGCACAUUUGCGCCUUAGCGGCAGCGAUUCUCCUCCUCCUCUCUGUUUCACUCCUCUACAGUCGCCUCAACUUCUUCCUCCAACCUAACAAUCCCCAUCCGCAUCCCCUCCAAUACGACACCAUUUCACUGAACAACCCUCUCGUCGACGAUUUAGCUGACGCUGAUUACCGCUCCUCAGAUGACCGCAUUGACGAGCUCGACGUUGCUGACAGUAACAACAAUAACGAUGAUGAGUUCCUCUUAUCCAAUGAAUCCGAAGAGGACGAUGAAGAAAUCAUCAAUCAAUACCCUAGGGUUUCGUCGACAUAUUUCUACGAUCAGAGGCACGGAGUUGUACGGAGAGCGUUUAACAAACGAUCAAUUGAGGAAUGGGAAGAUUACGUUAAUUUUGAAUCGAGGAUGAAGUUAGGAUUAGGGUUUAAGAGUGAUGAAUCUAAGGCCGCGUUUGGAUCGGAUGAUCUUCCAGUGGAUGUGCAAAUGAGGAUGAAGUUGAGCGAAAUUGAGAGUGUUGAAGAUGCUUUGUUACUAAAAGGAUCACCUUUGAGGGAAGGGUGGGGUGAGUGGUUUGAAAAGAAGAGUGAUUUUUUGAGGCGUGACAGAAUGUUCAAGUCAAAUCUGGAGGCGUUAAAUCCAAAUAAUAAUCCCAUGUUGCAGGAUCCUGAUGGAGCAGGGACUACUGGAUUGACUAAAGGGGAUAAGAUUGUGUUAAAAGGGUUGAUGAAUGAGUUUAAGAAAGUUCCAUUUCUGGUGAAAAAACCACUUUCAGUGUCUGAAUUGACAAAAUCUGAGUUGGUUAAUGAUGCUUUGGAGUUACAGAAGAUGGCGGGAUUGGCCAAAAAUGAUGUUUUCGAGUCAAAGGAGUUGAAAUUCAAUAGUGAUUUGGUGAAAACUAAUGAUGAGGAUGUGAAUAGAGGGAAGAGAGUGAAGCGUAGAACUUUAAACGAUGAUGCUAGAAUUGGAAAAAGAGUUGUUCAUGAUAGUGGUGGAGAUUCAGCUCCUAGGAGUAAGGAAGAUAUAAGGAAUGGUAAUAUGAAAGUUGUGGAAGAUGAUUCCCGAGGUGAAGUUUCUGGGCUAGUCUUUGCUGAUGGGAAGAGAUGGGGUUACUUUCCGGGCUUGCACCCCCGGUUGUCUUUCACUAACUUUAUGGACUCAUUUUUCAGGAAAGCAAAAUGUACUAUGAGAGUUUUCAUGGUCUGGAAUUCUCCAGCAUGGAUGUUUACGGCUCGGUAUCAGAGGGGACUUGAGAGUGUACUUAACCGUCACCGGGAUGCUUGUGUGGUGGUUUUCUCUGAGACAAUCGAACUUAAUUUCUUUAGUGGUUUUGUGAAGGAUGGCUUCAAAGUGGCUGUUGUGAUGCCUAAUCUUGAUGAGCUCCUACUAGGCACACCAACACAUGUAUUUGCUUCUUUCUGGUAUGAAUGGAAGCAGACAAGACAUUAUCCUUUCCAUUACAGUGAACUAGUCAGGCUGGCAGCUCUAUACAAGUAA